CAACGUUAUUAUGUAUUAGCGCACAAUGUUUUUUGUAUUAUUUUUGGCAGUAACAGAGCAUAGUUCUAGUAGUAAUAUGAUAAUUUUCUGUUAUUUGUUAUUUAGUAUAUGCCAGAAUUUAUAAAAAUAAUGUGUAUUAAUAGGUGUGCGUAAAGUAUGACUAAUGAUGUCUGAAUAUAAUGUUUAUUUUUUUACGUAACUUCGCUGGCUCUCAAGACAUAGCGUAAAAUUGCGGUGCAGUUAAUAAUGUGUACGAAAUUUAAUCUGUAGUGGUAGUUUGUGGAUGCAUAAACCUUAUCUUUGAGGUAUCCCCAUAAAAAGAAGUCCAUGGGUGUGAGGUCCGGUGAACGCGCAGGGUAUUCAACGCUACCUCUUCACUCAAUCCGUCUGGCAAGGCUGCAUCGAGAUAGGCCCUUACUUCACGAUGGUAGUGGGGAGGUGCUCCAUCUUGUUGGAAGUAAAUCUCUGCAUCACCAAACAUCUCUUCAAUGCGUGGCCCAACACCCGAGUGUAAGCAGUAUGUCUAGAGAAGACCAUCAUCAGGAAGAAUAUCAGCAACUCUUACAUUCACUGAAGGGGACAGUUGAAGGACUUUUAAUAAGUCAGGUCUCAAAUGUGUGGAACGUAUAUGGUGGCUUAAAUAGACUGCAUAAUGCAAUGGAGAAGAUAUUUAAACAUGGAUGUAGGGUUUUCAAUCAUGAUGGAGAUCCUGACUGCUGGAUCUUCAUUCAGGGACUCAGCUGGCUACAGCCCUCUUUAGCAGUCUCACCUACAUUUCUCGCAGAAUUGGAAGAGAGUAUUCCCCACGUACCACAGCAUGCAAGUGGUAAAGCAUGGGGUUGGUUGUACAGAAGUUUGGAAGGUCAUGCAUUGUCUCAGAAACUGUCCUGGCUUCUGUCUGACCGAGAACAUCUUCUCUCAUGUUUUGAGAAGUAUGCAUACUUGUGCCAAGAGAAAUAUGCAGAAGCAACCCUCAUUUGUUUGAGAGCUGUGGAGCAAAAUCAGCCAUCUCUACUCACAGAAAUAGAUCCCUGUUUGUAUCUUGGUACAUGGAACUUCAAAGUAUUUCACAAAACUCAUAGAAGAUAUUCAUCAUUUCCUGAAACACAAUACAGCAUUUGGCGGAAUGGAAGGAAUAAGAGUGUUCAUUUCAAGCUUCUUAAACAGUCAUCAGAAGGAUCACAACAGAAAGUAGUGACUAAUGCUUGUUCAUCAAGUGCAGUGCUGGCAAGUGAGAAUAUUGAAAGAGUUGAAAGAGAAGAUGUUGCAGAAUUGCAGGAUGAUGAUUUCACUGACGAUAAGACUUUGUGCAAAGAGAAUCCAGGUUCAUUUAAAUCUGUGAGUGAUGAUGUUUCAAAAAAUAUAAAAUGUAGGACUUUGCAGGUAGGAAGUGCAGGUGUUAUAAUAACAGACUCAUCAGUCACUGGUGAUUUAAGGUCCUGGUCUAGUUUACCAGAUCUUACAGGUUCAAAUUCUGGAAAUACAUCUAGAGAAAGAAGUGUAACAUUAGAUGUACAGGAAUUUCCUGUAUCUUCCAGCAGUGUGCCACAGAGAUGUUCACAAUUAUCUUGGCUAAGAACUGGCAGUCAGACUCUUCCUUCGUCCCCAGCUAAAUUAAUCCACAAUUCAGCCGAAUUUUCUUACCGGAAAUAUUUUCCACCACAGCAUUUCAAAGGCAAAGACUUGAAGUCUCAGUCUAGAAAUUCACCAGCUGCAAAAUCCUCUGAGUUGUCUCCGAGUGUGUUACAGAUUGAUUAUUCAUCAGAAGUUCAUUUAGAAACUCCACCUAGUGCAACUGAACAACGAACAUUUAACCUGCAAAAGUGUAACAGGGAUUGGAAACCUAUACCGCUCAGAAAUUUAUCAAUACUUGGCACUGUUAAAAGGCCACUCAGACUGAAAGAUGAGUCUGGAGUAAAAGCAAAUCAGAAACAUGCCACAUCAAAUUGUGCAAAUUCUGAGCCUAAUACUGACACCUCUGGCACCCUUAAUCCAGAAACAAAUAAACCAACUGAUGAAAGUCAGCCUUCUAUUGUGAUGAUUGGGCCAGAGCUUGAUAGGCCAUCUAUACGCCCUUCAGAUCUGAAGCUUUCAGUUCAGCCGUGGGAUGAAGCUGAUGGCUUGUGUAUUGAGACACAAGAUUCUUCAUGUGCCAUAAUUGGUAAAGAAAAACAAGAUGAGAAUCCCAGAAGGAAAAAAACAAUGGUUGUUGGAUCUGCGCCAGAAUAUGCGGGUGAAUGGCUAAGUGACGAGACAGUGGACCACAAAAGUGGCCAUUUGAAACUGCAGAAAAAAAGUUUUAUUGAAAGUGGAGGUGGAGGAGUUCUCCCUAUGGCAAUAGGUUUCUUUCCUCGACCAACAGAGGGCCAAAGUCUGACAAGCUUUCUGUCAUCAGGACAGUUCUCACGGCCUUCAGCUGAAUUGGAUCGAGAAAAUGCCCACUUCAGUAUUUGUGAAGCUAUGAUUGCUGCUAUUGAACAGGUGAAAUGUAACCAUCAGCUCUCUGUUGCGGAGGAGACGGGAGAAGUUGGUGAUGAGAGUGAUGAAGAAAUAAAUCACUUAAAGCAGCGUAUCCGAAUGCGCCGUCGUCAACGCCAAGAGGAGAAACAGCGUCAUCUUAUGCCAGUAUCACUGCUUAGUGAUGGCAAGACAGACACUACAACAACAGAUCAGAGUGUGAGCCCCUUAUCUUCUUCCUCUGGUACGCCAUCAGAGAGCGUCUCCACUGAUGAUGUUGAUGAUUUAGAAGUGGAUGAGGUUAAGAAUUUGGCUCAGCUUAAGAAUGCAGGAUUAUCAGUUUCAAUGGCAUCUCUAUAUUCUGAGGCUGAUUUAUCAAAACAUCCGCUUCCACGAACAGGAACAGAUGUCGCUCUGACAGAGUCAGUGGUUUCAGCAGAAGGAGUGGCCCUCUCUCUGCUGCGACGGUUUAGUGAGAAACACCUGCCUCGGGCUUCAGACCUAGAAUGGCUUGUUUCAGAACAGGAUGCACCUCAACAGCUGCUACCGCUGCCAACAAGUUGGCCAGUAAGUCCUGAUGAAGCUGAAGAUUUAGAUAUGCAUCAAGCAACACCAUUGCGAGGCACCACUGAGUGGGCUCCACCCCGCUCACAGGUGAUCUUCACACCGCACUCUCCCCCAGUCCGCAGGGUUUUGAUGGUGAAGCAGAAUUACAGGUGUGCAGGUUGUGGAAUGAAGGUGGCUCCAGAAUAUGCCAACAGAUUUCGUUACUGUGAAUAUCUUGGCCGAUACUUCUGUACUGGCUGCCAUACAAAUCAGCUUGCACUUAUCCCAGGGAAGGUACUCACCAAGUGGGACUUCACACGCUACUCUGUAUCGAGUUUUUCAUACCGAUUACUAGAUCAGAUGUUUGGAGAUCCAUUAUUUGCUAUUGGAGAUGUGAGUCCCAGUUUGUAUCGUAAGGCCAGACAGCUUGAACGCACCCGACAACUUCGCAUGCAGCUUUAUUACUUAAAGGACUUUGUACUGACUUGCAGAUUUGCUGACAAUUUGCAGGAAGCUCUGUGUAAGGAGCCAGAGUAUAUGUUGACAGAGCUUGACAUGUACUCAAUGCAGGACCUUGUUCAAGUGAAAAGUGGCGAAAUGACAACAAGACUGAGGGAGAUUGUCAGCAAGAGUUCUCAGCAUGUAGCAGACUGCCAGUUGUGUCAGGCACGUGGAUUUGUUUGUGAAUUGUGUCCUUCCCAGGAAGUGAUCUUCCCAUGGCAGCUAGGCAAAGUUGCUCGAUGCCCCACCUGUGGUGCUUGUUUCCACAUAGCAUGUUGGUCUCCCUCUCCUUGUCCACGAUGCACCCGCUUAAGUGCACGUAGACAGAGUCGUGUGUCAGACAAGAAUGCAGAUAUACAAGCAGUUUGACCUUGGCUUUUACAUAGUUCCAUUGGCUUUCAGUGAUGAUAUGCUUGUUACUUCUCGUCAUUGUGCUGUGAGAAGAUAUGUCUACAUGUUUAGGAUAUCAGUUAAGUUGUAUUAGAUGAAAAUUAUAAAACUGUUAAAUAGGAAAGCACUAGGUGUAAAUAGGAUCAUAUUGAAUUCCUACAUAUGGUCAAAUAAUGCUGCUUAUCUUACUGGAAAUACCGUUUUAUACUAUUUCAGCAGUUUUUGGACAUGAUUGUGUAGUCCAUGUGCAUGUUUCCACUUACAUUCACAUCCCUUGAAACAACUAGCAGCAGGAAAAAAAAUCCAUACCAUAUUCACAUGUAUUUUCAAAUGAUAAAUAAGAGGUGGAUGUGCAAAAUGUUACAAGUCUUAACAUAAGGAAUUAUAAUGUAUUCUGCACACUGAUAACCUACCAGAUAUCAGUUCAACACAUUUCAUUGCAGGAUAACCACUGAGGUUUGAAAUGUGACUUGACUUGUUUUACGCAUGCAUAAAGCAUUUGGGGGGGGGCAGAGUCGCUGUUUGUGGACUUUAUGCACUUUGCUCACUCACCCUCAAAUGUAAUUAAAGCCUCUGUAACUUGAUAAAAAUAGGUGCAGACAUUGUAUGAGAAUGUCUGAAUAAUGUUGCUGUAGAACAUUAUACAUAAAUUGUGUGCAUGAAUUCAGUAAAUACAGUCUAUUUCGUCUUCCAUUUAUACUUCAGGAAAGUGACAUGCGUGAUAUCUGUUAUGCAAAAAGAUACAUUAUUUAAAAUGUUUCAUACAGGUAAUUGAGAGAAUGUGACAAGUAUUGAUCACAGUAGCCCGAGAUGAUGGUGUUUGGUUGAGAAAUGAAGGAGCACUUACCAAAGUAAAUGUCUGCAGAAAUACUGAUAAAAGACUGUUUUUUUUUGCAUCCUUAUUUUGAUAAAUACUCCUUCAGCAACUGUUCUCAUAGAUAAAAAAAAUGUGUUUUUAUGUGUUAUUAGUUAUUAACUUAAGAUUUGAAGUGGUCAUGGCAAGAAAUAUCAAGUUGUUAGACCAUGUAAUUUGGUAGAUGUACACCAACAUUUUACAGGGACCCACUGCUUCAAAUCAGUUUGUUCCUCCAAAAUAUUGGUACCUGUUUACCAAACUACAUGGCUUCACAACCCAGAAGACUGUAAUCUUCAGUUAUUAAGUUAUGAAUGUUCAGUUGUAUCUAAAAUGUGAAUAGCCACAAACUUCUUUGGUGAUGUUUACUGUGUUUGUAUAUAUUGUAGUCAUACUGUCUCACUUUUGAGAAAUCAAUACCUGAAGUAGGAAAGGAGAAAAAGUUGUUUUCCAUUCACAUUCAGAAGUAUCUAUCUGUAUAGCCCAGAAGUAAGGACACUUUCUGUUUGAUUUAAGCACUAUGAAUUGGACAGUUGUAAAAAGGAGAACUUACCAGAGGAAGGCCAAUUUUUUUUGUCCUGAAGAUGUUUCUAGUGAAGUUAUUCAUGAAACCAACCCUUUGACUUUUAAUCUGUUAUAGAACUACCUGCUAGAAACACCAAGGCAGCUUGUUUGUUAGUGCAGUUGCACAGAAAACCCCACAGUAACACCUCAGAUUGCUUUCAAAUGCAUGAAAACAGCAAUUCAGACUUUCACUUAGGGCAAGUCAAUAAUGAGUAAAACUGUUGAACUACAUCUUUAAAAAUGUAGAUGUAAGUUGCUUGAAAGCCUUUUAUUUUCUCUAAACAGCAGCAUUAUACUUGAUACUGUCUAUUGGCAGAAAUGCUGUACUAAGUGAUUAACAUUGAGCCUACUUCUUUGGCUGUGGUUGUUUUAACACAAAUAAACUAAGUUAAUAUAAUUGGGUCAUGGCUUUCAAAGGAUUAGUGGUGCUGUAAAUCUUUUAAAAUUAAAUAAUGAAGACAGAACAUCAGUCAAGAUUACCGUGUGCUAGGAUGUGAUACCACGUAUUUUGGGAGGCAUACCAACAUUUUGAGGGAGGAACCUGCUACCUCCAUUUUCAGGGUAGGAAUGAUGGUAUGCAUCAUCAAACUACAUGACAGUACAUCCCAGAAGACUGUGAUCUUAAUUGUUCACUAUUGUGAAAAUCUCUGUCUCAUAUGAAUAACCAUUGUUACUGUGAAUUUUCUAGGUGAAGUUAUUGCUUGAGUUUACAGGUAAGCAGUACUAGAAUGUUUCCUACAGUAAUCCCCUACCAUUGUCCAUUUCCCAUAUUUUUUAAAAUGUGUUCUGAAUCUCUGAGGUAAGGAAAGGUGUCUCUCUGUGAUAUUAAAAAAAUACGUUAUAUACAAUUUUUGCACUAUUAUUAUUUAAUAAUUUAUAGACCUGCCUUAUUUAUAUGUCAGGUGAUAUGUACAUAUACAGAGAUGCAGUGUUUAGUUAAACAUACAGGAUAUUAAAGGAUAAUAAAGUGGAAUGUAUGUAAUUAUUGGUUUAAAGUA